AUGAGCUUGGACAUCAUUCCUAACUGGCUUCGGAUUAUCCUCCUAAUUUCAAGCGUUGCCUCCUUUUUGCCACAGUUGCAGCGAAUAUGGUAUACGAAGCAGUUCACCGGCCUGUCGCUCUCAUAUGUCCUCUGCAACUUGAUGAGUGCUACAGAGCAGUUUACCCUCCUGUUCUUUCUACUCGUUAAUAAGACAGAGGACGCCGAUGUCAUCCAAAAGACAACUGGAGAUUGGAUCAACCUUGCUCAGCUGGCGGCUCUGUUAAUAUCUACCACGUUUUCUCUGGGCCUCUACUACCCGUCCGACCAGCACAGUCGUGAACGCAAGAUUUCUAGUUCAAUCAUGUACACCAUGCUUUUGCUUGUCUCUAUCGUCCCUGUUGUUGCUGAUGCCAUUGAUUAUUAUCUUCUCAGCGCCGGAGAGGAUGCAGCAUACCGCGACUUCGGGCUUGAUAUCUUUGGUGGAUACCACUUCGGCUAUAUUCACCCGGCGAUGACACUAGUAGGAAUUUAUGCCUGGUUUCCGCAGAAUCACGAGCUUCGCUCUCGAGCCCAGCUUCACUCCCUCAGUCAGACCGGUCUAGCCGUACAAGCGGUGAUCUUCGCUUUCGUCGCUAUCUCGUGGACCAUGAGGAUGAAUUUAUACGACAGCAACCUUCCAGAUCUACCUUUCUGGGCUACCAUCCCCGAAUGGUUCAUCUAUGUUUGGUGGGCGGCAGUGGAUAAUAUACUAUUUGCGUUGGUUCAGACUAGCCUGUAUCUCAAGAUACGUCGCCAUGAGCAAUUCUCUACGGAUCAAGAGACGCAACCUUUGCUCGCAGAAAGUGCGUCAGAAAGUGAAGAAUAA